UGUCGCGGAUUACACGGUGCGCAGUGUGAGGAUUGACUACGCUCCCCCGCUACCUGCUAAAACCUUGUCGCGGCUGUCGCUAGCUCUGCUCUGUUCAGUCACUUUGGCUGAAGUCGUCGGCUUGCCCCAAUUCCAAGGGAUGGGGGAAUGACAGAAAGCCCCCUGCCCCCGUCACCGGCUCCCCGCUCUUAAGAAACCCCGAGGAUGCUGCUCCCGAGUCCGCGGAAGCCACGACAGCGUCGGGCCUCCUCGCUGCUGCUGGCCGAGCUCCUGCUGUGUGUCAUCUCCGUCAGUGUGUGUGCUGGCCUUCCAGCUGGCAGUAAGUGCCCUCGCCAUAUAGACUGUGCCCGUGAGGGACGCCACUUCUGCAAGCCUGGCUCCUCCCACUGUGGCCCCUGCCUUUCCAAAUUAGAGGAGAAUGAGGAAGGACGCUGUGUGGCUCGGAAGAGGCACCAUCCUCACGGCAAUGCAGUACCCUAUCCUGACCUGGAUGAGGAGAUUGACUACCUUCACUCUGUCAUCGAAAAGCAGAGUGUGUCUGAGGUCCAACCACUGAAACAACCCAAACCACAUGCAGUCACCCAUUCCCAGACAGAUGGUAAAAUCCAGUUAGAUGCUCCUAAACCGAAACCGAGAAACCAAGUACGUCCUCCAGCUGAGGCCCUGCACACCACCACUAAAAUCCCCCACCACCCAGUCUCUGCCCACCCCAACACUUCAACCCCCCAGCACAGGGUUACUGGAGCUGAGGACAGAGGUGGACCAUCAUCUGUCCCAAUACACAAGAAGGACACUGCUAUUGUCAUUAUGAUCUCCGUCUUUGUCGUGGUUGGCACUGUGGCUGUGAUCCUCGCAACUGUCUGCUUUGUCAGGUUGCAGAAUGAAUCACGUCUGGCUCAGAAGGUGGACUACCCUGCGUUUGGAGGGGGAAGUAAGUCUCCACCUACAGCCAAUGGUACCUCGGUCGGUGAUAAGUCUCUGGCCCAAAGUGCUCAAAUGUAUCACUAUCAACAUCAAAAACAACAGAUGCUGUCAAUGGGAAAGCCCAAACCAGAACAGAAAGUCCUUGACUCUGAGGUCACGUCAGAUGAGGAGGAGGUGGGAGGAGACUUCACCGUGUAUGAGUGCCCUGGACUUGCACCGACGGGGGAGAUGGAGGUGAAGAACCCUUUGUUUGAUGACUCCACUUUACCUGUUCAGGGGAACCACAAAUGAAUGCUGUACAUUUAACACAAAUACAUGAACACACACACACACCAUUUCUUCUACCCUAGAAGAAACCACAUUAUCUUGUACUGCGUGAAUAGAAUUGGAGGAUCCUGGCAGAGGAUGAGGUGAUGAUGAGCCAUCUAAACUAAGCCCUUCUGGCUUCGGUCUUACAUGGUUGUUUUCUUUUGGGUUGUUUACGAUAUUAGCCCCCAGGGGAGCAUUACACAAAGCAGGAUAAGCAAGUUAGCCAGAUAACUUUCAAAAGUGCCACUGAAUAUCUUCUGAAAUUUUGCCUAUUAUUAGAAAGCCUCAUUAUAAAUGACAGGAUCUUUGUUUUACAGAUUGAAAUCACUAUCAGCAGGAUAUAGCAUCCUCCUUUCCACAGUUAUCUGGCUAAGGCUCUAAUCCUCCUUGGUGGAAUAUCCUCAAGUACUACUUUUAAUAGUAAAUAUGUUGGACCCUUUGUUAUUGUAUUUCUUUCACCAUUUGGGGUCAUUUCUGUGUUUUAACAUGAAGCUUUCAUGUUUUACCAUGGUUUUGUCUCGUUUGACCUUCAUGUUCUGUGUUGCCCUCGCUUGCCUUUGUUGUUUUCUUGAUUUUAGCAGCUACUUCCCAAAGCCUCCUUUUGAAUGUGACACAAUAGCAGACAUACAGUGCGCGUGCACACACACACACACACACACACACACACACACACACACACACACACACACACACACACACACACACCAGUAAGUUGCAAAACAGGUGCCCUGUCCUCUUGUCAUGCAUAGCUAGUAGCUAAACCAGAUUCCCUAUAGAUACCCGGGAAAAACUCUACCUAAAAUCACAUAUCUGUGAUACCUCUUUAAAAAAAAAAAAAAAAAAACUUCCCAACACAAGAUUUUGCAUUAAAAAUGUUACCAUUGGUGUUGCAAAUUUUACUUGUUCUCAUAUAAAAUGCACAUAUAGAUUUUAAGAAUAUAUUAAUAUAUAUGGAAAUGAAGUACCUGAUGAUGUCUGUUGCAUGGUUUGACUGUGAUGUGUUUGAAUCAUGACAAUGCUUUGAUACUUUCACUCUGCCUCCUGUAUGUAUGCACCCUGUGGUUGGAGGAGGCAUGGCAAAGUGAUUUGUAACCACUUGGAUGAAAUUUCAGACAUAUAUCUUGACAGAUGGGAAAGUGGUAAAUAUCACUCUCUUGCAUUAUCUCUGCUCUCUCAGUACUCUCCCUGUCAGUCCCAAGUUAACCUCGUGCUGCAACAUGUACAUACAAAGAGUGAGAGUGUUCACCUUUUAUAGAUAUUUGUACAUGCAGACCCAAGGACUGGAAAUAAACCUUUUUACCACAUGUGAAA